GGCCUUCAGUGCCAAGUGGUUGGGUGUAUGUGUGUGGUGUUUAUCAGCACUGCCUGUCUGCACUAAAGGAAGAGAUUGUGAAGGCUGGGGGCAGAUCUGUAGCCGGUUGGCUUGAGUCAGUCCACAGCUGAGAAUGUAAUUGUAAAGCAACUCACUGUGCAGAUUAAGGGGAGAUUUGUUUCUGGGGGAAAGAUACAUAUGAAAAUGGACGAGAGUGAAAAAGGGCAUUUACACUCUGAGCAGUUUAAUCCUCUGUGGCUUUAUAUGGAUGCAUGCGUACACGCAUGCAUGCGUCUGUGUGUGCGCAUGCUAAAGUGAAUCCCCCACUGCAGUUCAUAUCCGUGCUGCAAGUCUGUCUCAGCAAACCUUUUCUGAAUCUCCAGCUCUCUUCUUCCUCCUCGCCCUCUGUCUGUUGCUCUACCCCGCCUCCACUUCUCUUUCUGUGUGAGCGUAGUCUGGGCACUGAGCCAAGUAGAGUGUGUUUUUUGAAUGAAUACCUGAUUCGGCUGAUGAGGCUGGCUGGGGGAGGAGCCAGUCAGUGGAGUACUGAGAGAGAGAAAGAAGGGAGGAGGGAGGGAGGGAGGAAAGGAAAGGAGGCAGAAACACAGAACGCAGGAGACAGGGAAGCAACCAGGCAGAGGGAGAGAUCUGGCGGAGUGGUGGCCUUGCAUAACUCACAUAGGAGCAGACUUGCACACAGGUCUUGGUGUGAUCUCCAGCAGUGGGGAACUUCCUCUUCUUCCCACUGCAGGGGCAGCACAACCUCAAAACCAAAACCCACUGAGAGGAGAGGAGGAGCUGGAGCAACCACAGCACAAGCUCCAGGAGAGGAGAGCGGCACAAACAGGAGAUCCAGGAAGAGGAGUCCUAGGAAACACGUCUCCAACACACACAAACACUGAGUGACAGGAAGAAACCUUGGACUUGCUCUGCAAGCAGUGGCGGUGGAGAGACUGAUUUGUGUUGACUUUGUGGAAGAGGGGGAUCUGUCCGAGAUGAUUCCUCAUGAAGUUCAUGGAGCUCAUUUUAGAAGUUGGAGUAAUUCCAUCUUCUCUUGUGUGAAGCCUGGAGCUGGCCAGCAGUAACCACAAAAGGAGUCAUAGCCUCAGAGAGCACAGUAAGGCUGGUCCCUGCAGGUAACUACUGAAUGUAGUUGAGUACGUGACCUCAGAGGAACCUAAAAGACAUAAGAGGGAACAAUAAGACUACUGAGACACAAUGAAAGCCAACCAAGAACGGAGCAACGGAUGCUUGCCUCCUAAAAAGCGAGAGAUACUUGCUCUAGAGCAGAGGCCUGUGGUAGUCGCUGCAGCAACACCUCCUGCUGUUGUGUCUACUGACAGUCCCCACACAGAAAACCUGGCAUGGCUAGCCAGUGUGGCCAGCGAACGCUGCAGAUCCAGGGAUGCAGAGAGCCCAAGAUGCACUGUCCCAUCUGCUUCAUCCUCCUCCCCUUCUACAUCUAUUCCCUCUCAAGCUACUCCACUUUCUGCAGUUCCUUUGGCCUCCCUGCCUGCGGUUUAUCCAACCGCUAUUCCCCAGCAACCUGGGACUAUCCACUUUGCUCAGUUGGGGCCCAACGUUCAGUUCAUCAGCUCUGGGCCUUACGCUGGGUACAUAUCAUCUCACAUCAUCUCAACUAACGCUAGUUCUGUGCCUAACAGUUCUGCAAUUGUUGGACAGCGACCCCAUUUAGAUGGUUACGCUGCUGCUCUUGUCUCCCCAAACACCAAAGGAGAACAGCAGUUUCAGAUAGGCAUCUCCCCAACUGAGUUAACCUCUGUGUCAGUUUCAAAUUCUCCCCAAGUUACGAGCCAAUACAUUCAUCUGGACAGCAGAACACCUUUGACUGUCAGUGGAAACGCAGUCACGUCUCCUACGGGCCAUCUCCAGCUCCACCCGCACGCAACCGUCCUCCCUCAGACACUGACACUGGCUCCAUCACAGCUUGUAGUUCAAUACGCAGAUGGUUUGGCUGGAAAGAAACCAGAAGGGCAUGCUAAGGGUGUGUUGAAUGGGGAUUUAGAGAUGGGCAAACAAGCUAAAGGCACCAGUCAACAAGCAAAUCAUCAGCAAGUCCAAAGCUAUGAGGCAAGACAUAUCCUUCUACCCACAGACUAUGGCCAAAACCCUGCAGGGCUCCAGACCUCCUUAGUGCUAGUGGCUCAGCCCAACCCCGGAGGUGAACAUGAUCCUAACUCAAAUAAAAUCUCCUUAGUCCAAACUGAAAAAGGAAACAUCUGUUUGGGAAAACAAAUGUCCAGAACCUCCUCUUUCUCUUCCCAUUUAUCUUCAGAGAUGGUGAAGUCUGUUGCUCCUCAUGCUGUCAUCCAGACCACUCUACCUUCUGAGGAGCUUCCAGCUAAUCUGUACUCCUCCACACAACCACCCAUUAUUGGCUAUAUCACCAGUGGAAACCAGCACACUGUCAGCUACCAUGCAGCUCUGCCCCAGCACCUGGUCAUACCAAGUGGGCAGUCCCUCCUAAUUCCAGUCAGUAGUGCAAAUAAUGGCACAGAACUAGAGGCUAGCCGUAGUGUGAGUGCACUGACUUCUACCACAACCCCUCAAAUAUCCACUGCCAUGCCCCAUGCUUAUCUGGCUACAGCCCUUUCCAAGUGUGAGGCACUUGGGCCAGAUGGACAUCAAACACCCCACGCCGUGGCUCAGCCUCCAGUGUUGCCAGUACUCCCCUCAAAUCUGGUUCCCACUGAAGUGGCAGCUCCAUCUCCAGCUCCCGCUCUUGUUCCCACACCUGCCCCCGUUUCCAUCCAAGCGCCUCCCUCUGUCUCCUCUCCCCCAUCACCUGUGGCGCUUCCUCCAUUUUUCAUGCGGGGCUCCAUUAUUCAGUUGGCUGAUGGAGAGCUGAAGCGGGUGGAGGACCUCAAGACAGAAGAUUUCAUCCAGAGUGCUGAAAUCAGCAACGAGCUGAAGAUUGACUCGAGCACUGUGGAGCGCAUUGACACUGGGCAAAGUCCUAAUGCUGUGGUCAUACAGUUUUCUGUGGGAGAGCUAAAAGCCCAGGUGUGUGUGGAGGUGUUGGUGGAAUAUCCUUUCUUUGUUUUUGGUCAGGGCUGGUCAUCCUGCUGCCCUGACAGGACCACACAGCUGUUCGAGCUGUCCUGCGCUAAGCUUUGUGUGGGUGAUGUGUGCGUGUCACUGACCCUGCGCAGCUUGAAGAACGGUUCACUAACAGACAGCCAUGCAUUGGGGGCCAAGCUGAAGGUUGGUCAUCUCCCUGACUCCUCCCCCAACAUGGAUCCUAACGUAAGGAACCACGUGAGCUCUGAAGCUGCAGAUGGAAACUGUGGUCUUCUCAUUAAAGCGUCUGGUGCAGAAAGGAUGGAGCGACAACAUGCUACUGGAUCCGUAGGAGGAAUGGGAACUUUUCCAAGACAGGGAGAAGGAAUCUACGCUGCAGGAUCAGCGCUGGCUGUUCAAGUAACUGUAGAAGCAAGGCAGGAAACCUCAAAAACAGACACGUCUGCCCCCUCUAAACAAAAUGUUGACCAAGAGAGACCCUCAGUCCGGAAGAGACGCUGGUCAGCUCCAGAGCGGGACCAGACUGAGAGAUCUGAGGAGGAGGAGCCUCCUGUGACUCUUCCCAAACCCUCCUUCAUCCCUCAGGAGGUCAAAAUCAGUAUAGAGGGUCACUCCAGUUCUGGGAGUGAAAUGUGUGCAAACAGAAGAGUGAACUGUUAGAGAAACUCUAAAUACCUGUGAUUUGCUUUGUGCUUGCUUCCUUUUUUUUUCUAUUCCAGCCACUGUAAUAUAAACUGAGUUUGUGCAGUAUUUACAUGUUUUGUGUCACAUAAGUCUGAUAUCUAUUAUGAAGUACAGUGCAGCACCUUCAUAAGUGGUAUAGCUCACAAGAUCAGUGCAAUCAAUGCUGAAAGCAAAAAUAAAUGCAGCAUGAAUGUCAAGUAUGAAUGGCAGUCAGACGUGGGAGACGUCAGAGAUAACGUGGGGUCCCCGUUGUCAUGGGGAUGGAACCUGUUGAAUUCAGACACGUUAACCAUUUACACUCUGUUAAGCACAGAACUCGAUGUCAGUGUGGAGGAAAUGGUAGCUAUAUUUGCAUUCUGUUUGUUUCACAGUUCAUUUGUCGUGGGAACCAAAGUGGGACGUUUGGCCAGGCUCUGCUUUCACAAACAUCUGACAUUGCUUUGAAUUUUUUUAAAUCCCCCAUCUUUUUCAUGCCAUUACAAAUACGUGAGCUGCUGCAUACAGCAAAGUUCUGAGCGCAUGUGUUAGUUUAUGUGUCAAACAAGAGCACAGGAUGUGGAAUUCUUUGGUCCUAGUGGCUUUGAAUAAACCAAGACUCAAAAAGGCAUGUAUGUAAGCCACAAAUCAUGGAUGAAUUAAGUUAUGGAUAUGCCAAUUGGGACGAUGAAUACAUGUUUUUAACAAGUGGUUAGUUGCAUAAAGUUGAAAUAUUGGCAUUUUUGUAUUAGUCGAGUCCAGUUUAAUGAGCUGGAUUUUAAAUCCACCCUCAGAGAAAGUCACAGUACUGGAAUCCUGUCUGUUUCCAACAAAGUAGUCAAAAGUCAAACCAAUAAAAAUGAAUGGAAGUUGGUUAGAAUCUCUAAAACAUUAACAGAAACUUUCUCAGUUUAUUUCUUACUACAAAUGCACAUCAUUUCCUAGUGUUAAAACUGUGUUUACUUUUUUGAUAGUACUUGCAUUUCAUAACAAGUUAUACUCAGCUGCUUUGGAUAAUACUUCUACUCCAGAACCUUUACUGAGCAUAAAAGCUGUUCAGUCAAACCCAUGGACUCUAAUGUUGAAGCUUUAUUUGACCUUGUUUUCAGCCUUCAAUAAGUAACUGGGUGCAUUGUCCAAUAAUACAAUCUGUGGUCAGAACUUACAUUUUAAAUUAAAAGCUUCGUUUUAAAUACCUGUGGAAUAACGGCAAUGCAAAAUAAUACAACUUUUUUUUAUUAUUUAUAUAGAGAAACGGAACAAGUUCAUCAGCCCUUUUCUUCUACUUUAUCAUCAGAUAGUUCUGAGGGUAAUUUUGCUCCUCUGUUUCCAUGCUCACUAAUUUGUUGUUUGAUGAAGAUGAGAAAAUAAAGAAAUGAUGGGCUUCCUAAAUUUGACAUUAAUCAUAAAGAAGAUGACCAUGAGUCCCUAUAUCCAUCAAAAAUAAUGUAAAAAAUUGUAAUAUAUUGAGAAAGAACUGAGAGUUUGUCUGAAAAGUAAUCCCUGGAGUGAGAAAUACAGAGACUUUCUCAGCAGCCAACACUUUUUGGGGUUUCUACUUUAUAACUUCAAUGAGAGUACGCCUAUCUAUAGGUAACUGAUAUCUCUGUAGUUGAACUACAGAACUGUACAAUUUCAUUUAAAAAAAAGAAAUGAGAGCUCCUAAACUUCCUACUCAGGAUGAUUGUGUGACUGUUUGUUGUGGUCAGUGCGAGUGCUCUUACCUGAGAAGAGAGAACAUGCAUGUCCACAGUCACGUGUAUGUGUGUGUGUGUGUUUCCUGAAAAGCAGCACUUUGGUAUCCAGUCGGAGUGUGGUGGCAAUCCUCUCCCUCAGCUGUUAGAAAACUAACAGACUGUUUCUUGUUGCAUCACUUGUCAUGCAGGUUUUAUCACAGAGAGAAAUCUAAGGAAUGUAAAAAGACAUUGGGUAAAUUUUAUUUUUGGAUGAUUUACAGAAAUAAUUGUUCAGACAGACACAGAGUGUUGCAAAGUUAACUAGCUAGCUAGUAUUAAUCAUGUACAGUUAAUUGUAUUUUAGGAAAGUGUACAGAGUGUAUUUUAACCUUUAUGUGGCUUAUGUACUGUAAUGUACCACUACACCUCCUUUUUCAAUCAUUCCAUUUAUUCAGCAAGAUCUUCUGGGGCUUUGCGUGUCAGCUCUAUUGAUCAACUGUUCAUGAAUGUGCUGUUGCUCCAUGGGAACAUCCUUAUAUAACAGGACCUCCUCAGAAUCCAACUUGCAGUAUCUGUUAAAACUUUAUCUUAAUAGCCAUGAAAUUCUUUGAAAGGUGUUAACUGUAAAACUGAUAACCAGACUGUUCCGUUUGUGUUGACUGCUCAGGCUGAACACUGCCCUUUGACUGUUCUCCUUCAAAGCUAUGUGGUCUUUUUUCUUUCACUGUUACAAACUAUAUUGCUAUUUGUCUUAAUUGCCAUUUUCUUUGUUUUAAAGCGGCCCCUGUUUGUACUUUCCCAAAGCAAUUUAUUUUUUAAUGCAGAUUUGAAACGUCAUGCACAGCAACCCGUGAAAUGUCAAGUUCCUUUUUAAAGAAGAAAAAAGCAGAAAUGUAUGGUGUUCCUUUAAUGAACUGUAUGGAGGUGGAUGGAGCCACCACUAAGUGGUUUGUAAACUAAUCAUUUAAUUAACCUAUAGGAUUUUUGUCAUGAAUGGCAAUAAGUUUUUCAAUUUUUUCGCUUGAAAUCACCAAAUUUAGGUUGAUGGUUAGUUAUGUUAUGAAUGACUGUUCAAAAUAUUUCAUUUUCCUUCAUUUCUUCUGGAAUAAACAAGAUCAGGAGAAAAAGUUCUUGGUCCAACAGCGCAUGCUGACUUUUUAGGUUACCAAUCUGCAUCCAAAAAUCUACUUAAAUUCCAUCAUUUUUCUUUUAUGGGCACAAAAAUGCAUUUUGUGAAAACAGUUAAUGAGUUAACAUUUGCAAUCAGUUUGUACAUCACUGUUCUUUUCAUGUUAACAUCUUUAUUUUUGUGUGUUAAAAUUUAAUAUAGUUUUUUGCACUUUUUCAAAACAACAUUUUAAAACUACACAAGGUGCAACAAAAGAAACUGGCUAUUUACUGGUAACUAUUGUUGACUGCCCGAGGUAUUCUUCUUUGGGGGAAAAGUUUGUCAUCUACAACAAUAUUUUUGCAGCAGUAGGAUCAAUUUUUUUCCCCUGUGAAAUCAAACCACAAAACCAUGUUUUCAGGUGUAUCAUAUUGAAGUGACGUAUAUUUUUCUCUUAUGGCUAAGAAGACAGAAAAUCCCAGAAAUGACACACAAAGAAAUCAUAAAUAAAUAUACCAGUGAAAAUAUUUGACUAAAUAAGUAAUUUAAUGCAUUUUCCAGACGUAUAACUACGUAUCUCUCCUACUUGAGACAAAAAGAGCAUUUAGGUUUUUGUAUUCAUGAUCAAAAGGGCUGUAUUGACUGUGGCACAUCAGAAAUGGUUGUCAUGUCCUCAAACAUGAUCACCAUUGAGGUUCAAUGUCUAGUUCCUACUUGCAAUUUUCUAAAGCACCACCAGCACAGUAAUUUGAAGGACUAAACUUAGCCAAUUUCACCGUCAGUACAGUAAAGAACUUUGAUCACAAUUUCUUAAGGCAGACAAAAACAUUUUUUUUAUAAAAGUCUAAUACCUUGCCAUUUCUUUAUUGUUAUUGCACUUUAAGGCUAUGUCCAACUUUUAUACAGUCUUUCUUUGGUUAAUGAAAAGGUUUAUUAUUGUUUCCUUGUCUUUCUUGUCUGGCAUCCUGAUGCUUCAUAAUUUCCACUUCACACACAUAUCUUUGAGAUCUGGUGGCAAAUGUGUUGUUACAUAAAAAACAUGGCUGUUUACCAUUUGUUUUACACAAGCCAUACUCAUUAGGGAUGGUUUUGUAGAAGCAGAUGGACAUCGUUUGUGCUCUAGCAAGAUCUUGCAGCACAAGAAUCUGUCUAAAAUAGCUGUGUGCUUACUCAUAUUGUGUUUCAAUUGUGUUUUGGACAACAGCAGCACAUGUGACAAGGAUGUCAAGAUAAACAAACCAGGAUAGACAAUGUUACUACUUGGUUCUUUAAUGAAUUUUACUUCUUUACUGGGAUUUGCCAUGAGCAAGUAAAGUAUUUAUUUGUCGGAAUAAGGCAUUGGGUGUCCUGGAGACUCAAACAGUUAUGCUUUCUUAUUAGCUUUUCUGUAGAUGAGCAAAAAAACACAAAUAACAUUGACUUAUGCCUGAUACUUGGGCUUUAGAGUUGGACAAAAACUUGGAAAACUGUCUCAUUUGGUUAAAACACCCCUGUAGGCAGAAUAAAUAUCUAAAAGGGUUAAGAAGUUUCAGGUUAGACACCAUUCUCAAAAUGUCAGUUUUGAUAAUGAAUCCUUUUGUCCAAUAAUUUCACAUUUGGCCCUGUAUUUACUGCUCACAGUUUUUUUUUUGUUAACAAAGGUGUAAAAGUGCCAUAUGGAGAAAUCCUUUUUACUGCACUUUGAUUUGGUGUUCCAGUGUGGGGAUUUAAGUGUUCGUAGAAGACAUUUACAGCAUGGAUGAGUAAAAGUGCACACUACUUGUACAUCUUACAAUUUGUAAAUAGCCAAAGUCUUCCAUUAUAAUUUAGUCUGACCUCAUUGAAAGUGAAGGAAAACAACACCACUACCAUCCAGUGUACAGACUUAUAAACUAAUAAUCCUUUUCAGAAAAGACAUCCUUGUAACUUUGUCAAAAAUGUAAGACCUCUCUUCAACAUACUUGUUUCAUUUUUAGCCAUCAGCUCAAAAAUCCAGGAAAUGAAGGGUGUCAAAGACUAAGUGGAUUGUGUUUGGUCCAACCUCUAUAAUAAGCCCUAUGCGUACACUAAAUAGUAAGUUCAAUAUUGUCACUUUAUUUUGAAGGUAUUGAGAUUCCUUAUUCAGAAAAUGUUAAACUUGAAAUUGAACUAUUUGGUUUUACAUUUGAUGAAAAGAAAAAUAAAGAGUCUUAAGAAAAAUG